AUGCCACCCAAGUCGCUAGUUCAACGCCUCAAGCGUGCCUCUGCGGCUUUCUCGGGUCUCUACGGCUCUCGCGGAGGAUCUACCACCUCAGUUGCAACGACCUUGGUUGGAGAUAGCAAGGCGGAAGAGGAAAGCGUUCAAAAGAAGACUUCGUUCAAGGGUUCGCGCUCCGCAAGACCACUCCGGCGCACGCCUGCGCCGUGGCCUGAGGACGUCCUCGCGCGCGUAUUCGCAUGCUUCGAUCCUCAAGACGACGACGACCAACGAACCUGCCUCCAAGCCGCAUUCGUUUGUCGCGGAUGGUCGGAGCCAGCCCUAGGCGUCGUAUGGUUCCAUCUGCCGCACCUUGGCCCGCUAUGGCCUGUCUUCCUCGAUGAUGAUUUUCCCGAGAUCGAGGGCGAAGCCAGUCUAAUCAAGAAUAUCAGGAUGUCGAUAUCGAUUCUCGACACGGAGUCCUUCCGAGAUCAGGCCCGUCAAGCCAAGUUUGCACGCCUCGCGCGACGCGUCCGUUCGAUCGUCAAUCAGCAACUCACAGAAGGGGAAAGCACAAUUCUCACCGAACUGUUAUUCUUCGACGAAAUGGUGCCUAUUCUCCCGAAUCUGACGCAUCUCAUAUUCAAUUGGCACGGCAACUUCUCCGAACACCCCAUCGUGCAAGAAAUGUUCAACUCCCAAGCACUUUGCAUGUGCAUACCCCCCACGCUUCCCACCCUCAUUAUCAUGGGACAAGACGAAGACGGAGAGUGCUUCCCUGGUCAAGAGUGGCUGGAAGCAAGCUUCGACCUCGUGCACGACUUCGCGGGCUCGUCUCUCAACCAUGUCGUGUUCAUGCAGAUCCCCCACGACGCGCUCUGGGCUAUCGCCGCCUUGAAGCCGUUUGAAUGUCUGUGCAAUAUCUCCAUCCACCAGCCGAUCUCGCCAUCGGUCCUUCGCAGCCUCGGGUCAUUGGAGGCCCUGAGCGACAUUGCCAUGAACUGCUCGUACACCAACGACUGGGACGGCGUCACCCCGAUCGACCUUCCCACCCUCCGCACACUCACCGUCCACCAGGGCCCGUCCACAAUGCUCAGCCAGCUGCUCAAGGCGCUACAAGCCCCCACGCUCAGUCGGCUCAUCAUGCUCCCCCAGAACGACGACGUCGACACGCUCGACGAGCUCCGCGCGCUCGUCGCCGCCGUCGCCGCCCCCCCAUCUCCACCACCCGUCCCGCUCGCGGAGUUCCUCCGCCCGUGGCUCGCGCUCCCCCAGCUCCGCGAUCUCACGCUGCGCUGCCGCGACCCCACGGCGCUCGCCGCCGGGGACGAGGACUACCUCGCGCUCGCGUGCGCGUGGCCGGGGCUCCGUGUCCUCGACGUCCAGGGCUGCGGCCGGGGCCCGCGGCGCGAUGGGCCGGACCCGUCGCGCGCGACGAACUACCACUUCGGGCUGUACUGCCGGCAACUGAGGACGAUAAGGAUUGGCGGGCUCGCGCCGUUCUCGGUUACCCAGCAUCGGACGAAGGAGCUGAGGGAGGCGGAGAUGCGGAAGCUGCAGGCGCAGGGGCGGCUGCGGCUGCGCGCGAAGGAGGAUGUUCCGUUCAACCUCGACCUCGGCCUCGACCUCGAACCUAUGUCCCGUCCGCCUCUCCGGCAGCAUUUGAACGCCGCUGCGUCACUGUUCGCGAACGCUCGCUUCAACUCCCUCAGCAGCACCGUUCGCAGUGGCCAUGCCAGUUCCGUCACCGCCACCGAGCACCCGAAGCCUCCCAACGAUCUGUGGGCCAACGAGGAGUCUGUCUGGAAGCCGUGGAAAUCCGAAGAGUCCCCCGGCUACGCACCUCUCCAGCUCGGAGAAGGUCUUAUCGGCCAGCACGCGCAAUACAAGGUGAACCGAAAGCUCGGCUGGGGAACCGAGUCUAGCGUCUGGCUGGUGGAGCGGGUGGCUUCAGAAGUGCAGCGUGCAUUGAGGACGGUCGACCCCAACCGCGACGUGCUGCUCGUCCGACGUGUCGUCCUGCAGAUUUUACACGCCCUCUCGUGCGUGCACCAAUUGGGCUACAUCCAUGGAGAUGUCAAGGCUGACAAUAUCUGCGUACCUGUGUUUGACGAGCUCAUUCCCGAUCUGAAGAGGUACUUGGAGACAGCGCCAGCGGAGAGCCUCCCUCCGCGCGUAUUCCCUGAUUACAGCCCCGACCCGGUCACAUGCGUCAAAACGCAGCCAUAUCCUCCGAUUGGGGACGACCACCAUCCGGACAAAAUCUACCUUCAGCUCGCGGACUUUAGCAGCGCGAUCCGCACGUCCAGUUACUCCACCACCCAGCGGGCCAUGCCCCGGAUGUUGCGUGCACCGGAGGUCAUCCUAGGACGUCGCUGGGGUCAGCCCAUCGACAUCUGGGCACUUGGGUGCUUGGCUGCGGAGCUGCUUCUGCGCCGACCGCUCUUCUAUCCAGGUGACAACGAGGACGACGCGACUGACGGCGAGCACCUCGCACAGAUGGUCGAGGUGCUCGGCCCCUUCUCUCAGGGGGCGCUCGCGAAAUGCCCGCUGAGAAACACGUUCUUUAACGCGAACGGUUCGCCAAACUCUGCUGGCGGGGGUCAACGCGCUCCCGUCCUCCCGCUUCGCUAA